AUGUACUCCAACAAUCAAAAUCUUAGUCGACCAGUUCCUGGCCGAAAGAAAAGGCGAGACACCUUCACAGCCAACCCCAGUGAUGUAUCAUCACAGCCAGGCGUCAGCCCAGGACGCAACAAAUCUAGGGCUGGUGUGAGCCCUGGAAGAAAGAGUACGGCAAGCCCUGUCGGAAGAAGGAGUGUGGCGAGUCCUCCUGGAAGAAGCGGUGUGGCGAGCCCUGGAAGACGAAGUAUGGCAAGGUCUCCUGUUUCUGCCAAUUCUCCUCCUCCAAGGAGUUCCAGUGCGGGACGGCAGUCCGUGGCCAGUCCAGGGAGACGACGAAAGCCCAAAGCGAAUAGUCCAACCACUUCCCGAGAAUUCCGGUCCGAAGAAUUCAAGCCAAGGGCGGCUCGAGUGCCUACUGCUUCUCCUCACAACAACAACAACAACAAUGCUUUUAGUAGCUCACGGUCCGAAGAAUUCAAGCCGAGUAGGGCUCCAGCACCAGCCGUUUCGAAACCGUCCGCCAGACCGCGGCCAUCCAGACUGUCAGGCUUUUCACUGAAAUGUCACGUGGAGGGUUGCGACGGAGGUGCGAGUUGCCUUCACAUAUAG